CCAUGUGACCAAGCACCACCUCUAUUAUACGAGGCGCCCCCCGCCGCCGCGACGCCACCGGAAUAUUCCGCUCCGCCUUCCCUCUCCCGAUAUUCGCCGGCCGGCCGGAUCCAGCGACGCCGCCGCCGGCCCACGAUGCGUUGCUUUCACCUCCUCUUCGUCGUCGUCGCGCUCCUCGCGACGGCGGCGGCUGAUGCCAAGCCCGUUCUCCGCGCCGUGACGGACGCCCCCGCGGGCGUCGCCUCCGACUCCUCCGACGAGCUGUACUGCGACGGGUGGAGGCUCUCCGUGGAGACGGGCAACGCGGGGCCGUGGAGCGCCAUCCCGUCGCGCUGCGCGGGGUUCGUGCGCGCGUACAUGGAGGGGGAGCGCUACGCGUCCGACUCCGCCGUCGCCGCUGCGGACUCCCUCGCCUUCGCGGCGCAGGCCCUGGCUUCGGGCGACGGGGGAGCCAGGCCGGCGUGGGUGUUCGACGUCGACGAGACGCUGCUCUCCAACUCGCCCUACUACGCCGUCAACGGCUGGGGAUCUCAGGAGUUCAACGAGACCUCGUUUGAUGAAUGGGUAGAUGUAGCCAAGGCACCUGCAUUGCCAUCCAGCUUGAAACUGUACAAAGAGCUUCAGGGUCUUGGGAUCCACAUCAUCCUCUUGACUGGUCGAAGUGAAUUCCAACGUAAUGCCACAGAAGUGAAUCUUUUCUUUGCUGGCUACCAUUCGUGGGAAAAACUCAUACUGAGGCAAUCCCCUGACAUCGGCAAGACAGCCGUGCAGUACAAAUCAGAAAGACGAGCAGCACUGGAGGCUGAAGGAUUCAAGAUACUUGGAAAUUCUGGGGACCAGUGGAGUGAUUUACUGGGAUUACCGAUGGCUACUAGAUCAUUCAAACUUCCAAAUCCAAUGUACUUUAUCAGUUGAUUUUUUUUGUCCAUAAUUGGUGGAUAAGAUUUAUCUCCAGACAUGUUGAGCCUAGUGGGGUUUGGGACCAAUAAUGCCCAAUGAUGGUUUUGUAAUGUAUAUCUUUUGCUCAAAGUCAAAAAUAAUAAUAAUGUAUUAAUUUCCGUACUAUGGACUCAACUACAAUUAUGCAUAUUUCAUCUAGAUACAAAUUGAUGAAACAGCUGAAACUGUGUUGGUUCAUGUCUCUCCAGAUUAAGUUGGCUUGAUCACCAUGUAUCUACCGUUGGCUCACCAUUCCAGCAUGUAAAUGAUACAUAAUGAUCCACAGAAGAAAUUA